AUGAAUAGAUACGCCAUUGCUAAAGGGAAGUCGUACAGCUACGUGCUUCAGCUUGCGGUUUCGCUAGGCCAGCUCUACGGAUGUCUCGUGUAUUUCAUUACAGCUAUCUUGGAAGGAGACAACUUUGCUACAAACUCCUUCUACUAUUACUCCUACUACGUCGGGGCUAAUGGAUGGUGGGUCUUGAUACCUUUACUCAUUUCUUACCGUUGCUGGAAAAAGAUCUGUGCAGCUGCCAACAUCGUGGAGACGACGAAGACGAAGAAGAAAAUCCGUUGA